CGUGGCAGCGGCGGGUUGCUGCUGUAGGUCUGUUUGGAAAGCAGUGAGUGACCACCACGGGGGAGAGCCCACGGUGUGGGAGUGCGGAGUCCGGGGCUGCCUUUGGAGAAGCAAACGAACCCUCGCGCGGCUCCAGAGAGCUGUGUGGGAGGGAUUUGGGAAGUCCCGGCAGCCAAAUGCAGGGAGCCAAAGGGACGGGAGCUUAGUUGUGCAGACUGUGCUGGUCAGGCUUGUGGGUGGUUGUGGGAGACCUUGGUUUGGAGUUUUCUACAGUUUUGCCCCCGUUGGGUAGAAUCACACUACUUGCCUCUGUGCAAGAAACUGUGUCUCCUGGGGCAAGGAAGGCGCCAGGAUGGCCUGGGCUCUGAAGCUGCCUCUGACCGAUGAAGUGAUUGAAUCUGGGCUGGUGCAGGACUUUGAUGCGAGUCUGUCUGGGAUCGGCCAGGAACUGGGUGCUGGUGCCUAUAGCAUGAGUGAUGUCCUCGCAUUGCCCAUUUUCAAGCAAGAAGAGUCAAGUUUACCCCCUGAUAAUGAGAAUAAAAUCCUACCAUUUCAAUAUGUGCUUUGCGCUGCCACCUCUCCAGCAGUGAAACUCCAUGACGAAACCCUGACAUAUCUUAAUCAAGGACAGUCUUAUGAAAUUCGUAUGCUAGACAAUAGGAAACUUGGAGAGCUCCCAGAAAUUAAUGGCAAGUUGGUGAAGAGUAUAUUCCGUGUAGUGUUCCAUGACAGACGGCUUCAAUACACCGAGCAUCAGCAGCUGGAGGGCUGGAGGUGGAACCGACCUGGAGAUAGAAUUCUUGACAUAGAUAUACCAAUGUCUGUGGGUAUAAUCGAUCCUAGGGCUAAUCCAACCCAACUGAACACAGUGGAAUUCCUUUGGGACCCUGCAAAGAGGACAUCUGUGUUUAUUCAGGUGCACUGUAUUAGCACAGAAUUCACUAUGAGGAAACAUGGUGGAGAAAAGGGAGUGCCAUUCCGAGUACAAAUAGAUACCUUCAAGGAGAAUGAAAACGGGGAAUAUACAGAGCACUUACACUCAGCUAGCUGCCAGAUCAAAGUCUUCAAGCCUAAAGGUGCAGAUAGAAAACAAAAAACAGAUAGAGAAAAAAUGGAGAAACGGACACCUCACGAAAAGGAGAAAUAUCAACCUUCCUAUGAGACAACUAUCCUCACAGAGUGUUCUCCAUGGCCUGAGAUCACAUAUGUCAAUAAUUCCCCAUCACCUGGCUUCAAUAGUUCCCAUAGCAGUUUUUCUCUUGGGGAAGGAAAUGGUUCACCAAAUCACCAACCAGAGCCACCCCCGCCAGUCACAGAUGUAAGUCUAAAGUUAAAUAACCUCUUGCCAACAACCACACCUCAGGAAGCUCAGCAGUGGUUGCAUCGAAAUCGUUUUUCUACAUUCACAAGGCUUUUUACAAACUUCUCAGGGGCAGAUUUAUUGAAACUAACUAGAGAUGAUGUAAUCCAAAUCUGUGGCCCCGCAGAUGGGAUCAGACUUUUUAAUGCACUAAAAGGCCGGAUGGUGCGCCCGCGGCUGACCAUUUAUGUUUGUCAGGAAUCCUUGCAGCUGAGGGAGCAGCAGCGGAAACGUGAGGAUGGAGACUCAGAUGGUACUUUCUUUGUGUACCAUGCCAUCUAUCUUGAAGAACUGACAGCUGCUGAACUGACAGAAAAAAUUGCUCAGCUUUUCAGCAUUUCCCCUUGCCAGAUCAGCCAGAUCUACAAGCAGGGGCCAACAGGAAUCCAUGUGCUCAUUAGUGAUGAGAUGAUACAAAACUUUCAGGAAGAAGCCUGUUUUAUUCUGGAUACAAUGAAAGCAGAAACCAGUGAUAGCUAUCAUAUCAUAUUGAAGUAGGUGUGGGGCAUUCCAGACCUCAGUGGCUGCUGCUUCCUUUACCUUUUGGAAACUCCACUCUUGAAGGGGUCACUAAUGGAGAUUUGAAGGUCUGCAGGAACCUGGCCCAUUUGACUGUGGGGUUGUCCAAGCCAUGGAGACAGAAUCUAUGCCAUCUGUGUUGGUCCAAGCUCUUGUGGCAUGCACAGAUUAUUGCCCAACAUGCAUUUCUGCAGCUAUUUCUUAGUUAAAAUUUCUGGACCCUGUUGUUGAAUAUCAGUAGAAACUCCUGAUCAUUUAGGGUGUAUGUAGGGCAUAAUGAUGAUGAAACUUGUGUAAUGUUGAAUGGAAAGAUGUUAAAUUUUGUGAUAUGAAGCCAUGUAACUUUUUUCCUAAUAUAAAAGUGAACAUCUAUAUUCCUAGGACUAGAUUAGAUCUUCAGUCUCUUUUGCAUCAAACAUACUAGCUUUUUGCAACAAUUGGCCCCUGCCCUUGAAAACCUCAUCAAAGAGAAGAAAUACACAGAUAGAAUAGAAUUUUUCCUUGGUUCCCCUGUUAUACUAUGACUAAUAGUAAUAGCUAACCUUCAUUUAGCAUUUACUUAUUCCAGGUAGUGUGAUAAAUUCUUUAAAUGGAUUAUCUUGUUUAAAUCCUCUUAAUAAGCCUGUGUGAAGUAGCUAAUAAUGAUCCCUAAGUGAAGGUGAGGAAAUGGAGACAUAUAGUGGCUGAGCAGUUUGCUAAAGUAACAGGCAGCUAGCAAGUAGAGACACUGACACCCAGCACAAGGCUGCCUGGCUCUUACCAACCGCCAUCCCUUACUGCCACCCUUGCAGUUCCCUGUAAGUCAUUGUUCUUGCUGUGGCUCUGCUGGUGACUAGGACAUGACUCUAAGUGAGAGGUGAGGAAUCAACUACUGAAAGGGACAAACCACACCUAAAUAAUGAUGAACAAAUCAAGACCUACAAAAAAUGAGAACAUAGAUGCCCUUUAAGCAUCAUCAGUUAACAGAUUCACAGAAUUUGAGGUGUGAAAACUAGGGAUUAUCUGUAACUCCCAAAACUCACUGUUCUUGAAUGACCUUUUCAAACUGUUUAUUCAUGAGUUAGGCUAACCCCUACUUUCUGUUUCCCCCCUGCAUCUUCUCUUGGUAUAAGAAGUUCUUUUACUCGCAUAGUGUUCUCUUACAUAAGCAUUACAAGGUAUUCAUUCCAAUCCCAGUCACAUUUUACCAUAUAUUUUUGUUGUUUUUAAAGAAUGAUCGCACGUGUGUGUGUGUGUGUGUGUGUGUGUGUGUGUGUGUGUGUGUGUGUGUGUGUACAGUGUGUGUGUGCGACUAUGGGUCUUUUUUUCACAUACAAAGUUUUAUCUAGAAAUCCCUUUACCCAUUAUGUUGAGGUGAAAAAGACAAUGCUCAAAGAUUAUAUAUUGAAAUGGGAUCAGUGUGUGUGUUUUUAAAGCAUUUGAUAAAAUUUAAAUGUUUUUAUCAGAGAUUUUUGUUCAUUAAAAUCAACCUGCAACAUGG